CCGGAGUGCCUCUAUGGUUCUUCCUGUCCUUAGUCGGGAGGGGGCGCUGUGCGCAGGCGCGAGGUGACGCCGCGGCAGGACCGGAAGGAGUGUAGCGGCUGCCUCAGCGGCAGCGACGGAGCUCGCAGCUGUGGCUUCUGAAGAGUAAGCGGCGCGGUACCGAAGGCCGCCGAACCCGCCUGGCUAGCCGGCGAGUUGAGUGGCGAACCUUUUGAAACAGAUGGUCACCAUGUUUAGAUAUUAGCAGUCCCGUAUGUGCAGGUCUGCGUUUGAAAAUGGCAGAGGGAAACAGCAAUGAAGAGGUGAUUCACUUGAACAACUUUCACUGCCAUCGGGGACAAGAGUGGAUCAAUCUCAGAGAUGGGCCCAUCACCAUAUCUGACUCCUCAGAUGAGGAAGGGAUUCCAAUGCUGGUCACCCCAGCUCCUCAGCAGCAUGAAGAAGAGGACCUGGAUGAUGAUGUCAUCCUGACAGAAACAAAUAAACCUCAGAGAUCACGACCCAAUCUCAUCAAACCAGCUGCCCAGUGGCAAGAUCUGAAAAGGUUGGGAGAAGAAAGCCCUAAAAAGUCUAGAGCAGCAUUUGAAUCAGAUAAGAGCAGCUAUUUUUCAGUGUGUAACAACCCAUUGUUUGAUUCUGGGGCACAGGAUGAUUCUGAGGAUGACUACGGUGAAUUUCUGGAUCUUGGGCCUCCUGGAAUCUCUGAAUUCACUAAGCCAAGUGGCCAAAUAGAAAAAGAACCCAAGCCUGGACCGAGUCGUAACGAAGCAGCAAAUGACAUUGUCAACCCCAGAUCAGAGCAGAAAGUCAUCAUCUUGGAAGAAAGUAGCCUUCUUUACACAGAAAGCGAUCCUUUAGAAACUCAGAACCAGUCAUCCGAAGACUCAGAGACAGAGCUGUUAUCAAAUCCAGGAGAGUCAGCUGCUCUAGCAGAUGAUCAGGCCAUCGAAGAAGACUGCUGGUUAGAUCAUCCUUACUUCCAGUCUCUGAACCAACAGCCCCGUGAAAUAACAAACCAAGUUGUUCCUCAGGAACGGCAGCCUGAAGCAGAACUGGGCCGCUUGUUUCAGCAUGAAUUCCCGGGGCCAGCUUUUCCAAGGCCAGAACCCCAGCAAGGUGGGAUUUCAGGCCCCUCUUCUCCUCAGCCUGCCCAUCCUCUAGGAGAGUUUGAAGACCAACAGUUAGCAAUUGAUGAUGAAGAGCCAGGUCCAGCCUUUCCAAUGCAAGAAUCUGAAGAGCCCAAUUUGGAAAACAUUUGGGGGCAAGAAGCUGCAGAGGUAGAUCAAGAACUUGUUGAACUAUUAGUGAAAGAAACGGAAGCAAGAUUUCCAGAUGUAGCAAAUGGGUUUAUUGAGGAAAUAAUUCAUUUGAAGAAUUAUUAUGAUCUGAAUGUACUUUGUAAUUUUCUUCUGGAAAAUCCAGAUUAUCCAAAGAGAGAAGAUAGAAUCAUCAUAAAUCCCAGUAGCAGUCUGCUGGCCAGCCAGGAUGAGACAAAGUUGCCUAAAAUAGACUUUUUUGACUAUUCUAAAUUGACUCCUCUUGACCAGCGCUGCUUCAUCCAAGCUGCUGACCUCCUCAUGGCAGACUUCAAAAUGCUCAGUAGUCAGGACAUCAAGUGGGCGCUGCAUGAGCUCAAAGGACACUAUGCAAUCACCCGAAAGGCCUUUUCUGAUGCCAUUAAAAAAUGGCAGGAGCUAUCACCAGAAACCAGUGGAAAAAGGAAGAAGAGAAAAGAAAUGAACCAGUAUUCUUACAUCGAUUUCAAGUUUGAACAAGGUGACAUAAAAAUAGAAAAGAGGAUGUUCUGUCUUGAAAAUAAGCGACGACAUUGUAGGUCCUAUGACCGGCGUGCUCUCCUUCCAGCUGUGCAACAAGAGCAGGAGUUCUAUGAGCAGAAAAUCAAAGAGAUGGCAGAGCAUGAAGACUUUUUGCUUGCCCUGCAGAUGAAUGAAGAACAGUAUCAAAAGGACGGCCAACUGAUUGAGUGUCGCUGCUGCUAUGGGGAAUUUCCAUUCGAGGAGCUGACGCAGUGCGCAGAUGCUCACUUGUUCUGCAAAGAGUGUCUCAUCAGAUAUGCCCAAGAGGCAGUCUUUGGAUCUGGAAAGUCGGAGCUCAGCUGCAUGGAAGGCAGCUGCACGUGUUCGUUCCCAACCAGUGAGCUGGAGAAGGUGCUCCCCCAGACCAUCCUAUAUAAGUACUAUGAACGAAAAGCCGAGGAGGAGGUUGCAGCAGCCUACGCCGACGAGCUUGUCAGGUGCCCCUCCUGUAGCUUUCCUGCUCUGUUGGACAGUGAUGUGAAGAGGUUCAGCUGUCCUAAUCCUCGCUGCCGAAAGGAAACCUGUAGGAAGUGUCAGGGACUCUGGAAAGAACAUAAUGGCCUCACCUGUGAAGAGCUGGCUGAAAAAGAUGACAUCAAGUACCGUACCUCUAUUGAAGAAAAAAUGACUGCUGCCCGCAUUAGAAAAUGCCACAAGUGUGGGACUGGCCUCAUCAAAUCUGAAGGCUGCAACCGCAUGUCUUGCCGCUGUGGUGCCCAGAUGUGCUACCUCUGUCGAGUUUCUAUCAAUGGAUAUGACCAUUUCUGCCAACAUCCCCGCUCCCCAGGAGCCCCUUGCCAAGAGUGUUCAAGGUGCUCUCUCUGGACCGAUCCCACUGAAGAUGAUGAGAAGCUUAUUGAGGAAAUUCAGAAGGAGGCUGAAGAGGAACAGAAAAGAAAGAAUGGAGAGAACACCUUCAAACGCAUUGGACCCCCGCUGGAGAAGCCUGUGGAGAAGGUGCAGAGGGUGGAGGCCCUCCCGAGGCCCGUUCCGCAGAACCUGCCACAGCCACAGAUGCCGCCCUACGCCUUUGUGCACCCACCCUUCCCCCUGCCUCCCGUGCGACCUGUGUUCAACAACUUCCCUCUCAACAUGGGGCCUAUCCCAGCCCCAUACGUGCCCCCUCUGCCCAACGUGCGGGUCAACUAUGACUUCGGUCCCGUCCACAUGCCCCUAGAGCACAACCUGCCCAUGCACUUUGGCCCCCAGCCGCGGCAUCGAUUCUGAUGGCCCCGAACCCCCAUUGAGCAGCACAGAGCCCGUUUGGGGUGGGAGUGUGUAUAGAGAACCCUCCCCCAAGGCUGGUGGCUAUGCCAUUGCAUCUUAGAUCAGGUUGAAGGGUAGGCUGGUUUUCUUCCCACCCCUUUCCCAGAAGGGCCACUGCUCCCAGAAGAGUGGUCACAGCUGGUGGCCCUCUGGGGGCCUGCAUGGGAUUGGUCUGGCUCCUACUGGGCAGAGUUAAAAGGGCCUUGAAGCCCUUCCUGAAGAGUUCUGCCAUCCUAGCAGGCAGCAUGGUGGCCCUGGCUGCUGUGUCACUCCAGUCCCUACAGAAA